AUGAUUUCUUCAUUAUGUUUGGUUGGGGCGCUCUGCUGCCUCACGCUUAUUCCAGACCUGCUGGAGGCCAAAUCUCUUUUGAAUGCCAUUAAACAGGAAGAGAUGGUCCCUGUCGGCCACGUUAGCAUCGACUCAGACAAAGCCAACGACUUUCUAACUCACUCCAGACCAAAGCGCAACGCGGACCCCCGGUGGUACAGAGGAAACCCAGACUUCCAGGCUUACUACAGAUACUACAGCAGCAUCGGACACACUGAGGGGCUCUAUGAGAUCGACAAGCUGCGGAUGCUCUACCAGCAGAUGCGCUACCUGGAGCACACCUACGGCCCCAACGCCUCCUAUUUCCAGAGCAAACUGGGAGUGCCGAUGCUCAUGUGCGACCCGGUCACAGACAAGAAGUGCAAAUUCGCUCCUCCUCCUCCUCCUCCAAUGAAGGGGGUCCCAAAGGCCACAGACCCCCCAGCCACCCCUCCUCCUCCCCCCAUUGCUCCAGCAAUUUCCCAGGCAGAUGUGCUCUACCUGUGUAACAGGAAGGACCCCCUCUGCAAGCCCCACAUUGUCUACCUGCCCAGCGGCGCUGUGCCUGUGCUCUGCGACCCCCGCUACCACCCCCACUGCACACCCCAGAAGGCCCCACCAGCCCCCGUGGCAGUUCCCCAGCCUCCUCCUCCUCCGCCAAAGAAGUCUGCCCCACCUCCACCUCCCCCAAUCCUCGUCAAGAAGUCUCCUCCAGUCCAGAUCCGCACCUUCAAGGGCAUGGAGUACGACUGUGACCCCUACUGGGACCCAGACUGCCUGAUUGACCACCCACCCAGGCCCGUCAAGGGGAAGAUCUUGGUUCCCCCACCACCACCGCCUCCGCCUGUGGAGGAAGAAGAGAAGGAGGUACCUGUGGAGGAGUCGGCACCUCCGGCACUCAAAGAGAAGAAGAUGACCUACCCUUUCCCUUACCCUUACUACCAACCCCUCCCCUACGACCCAAGGGAUGAUCUGUACGACCCGGUCCGCUUCCAGUACCCCCAGCCCGCUGAUCCUGCCGACGAACCCGCAGAGGACAGCCAGUAA